CAGCCCAUUGUGCAGUUCAAGGAAUAAUUGGUUGAAUCAAGACCAAACCAAACCACCUCCCAAUCUUCGUCUGCCUAUAUAUCAAACCUUCUGAAUUCUUCUCCACUAUCCAACUUGUCUUUUCUUGAUCUCAACCGCAUUUCUCUUUUCGAUUCUUCUUGGAUUUUUGUUGCGUUGAAAUAUGGCUACAAAGAAGAGCGUGAGCAGUCUAAAGGAAGCUGAUUUGAAGGGGAAGAGGGUGUUUGUGAGAGUGGAUCUCAACGUGCCUUUGGAUGAUAACUUGAACAUCACAGAUGAUACCAGGAUCCGCGCUGCCGUCCCCACCAUCAAGUACUUGAGGGAUCACGGUGCUAGAGUUAUUCUUGCCACCCACUUGGGACGCCCAAAGGGUGUUACACCUAAGUACAGCUUGAAGCCUCUUGUGCCUAGGCUAUCUGAACUUCUUGGUAUUGAGGUUAAGAUGGCAAAUGAUUGUAUCGGUGAGGAAGUUGAGAAAUUGGUGGCUGAGAUCCCAGAAGGGGGUGUUUUGCUCCUUGAGAAUGUAAGGUUCCACAAGGAGGAGGAGAAGAAUGACCCUGAAUUUGCUAAGAAGCUAGCUUCUCUUGCAGAUGUCUAUGUGAAUGAUGCAUUUGGCACUGCUCAUAGAGCCCAUGCUUCCACAGAGGGGGUAGCUAAAUACUUGAAACCUUCUGUUGCUGGUUUUCUGAUGCAGAAGGAACUUGAUUAUCUUGUUGGAGCUGUGGCAAAUCCUAAGAAGCCAUUUGCUGCAAUUGUUGGUGGCUCAAAGGUUUCAACCAAGAUUGGAGUGAUAGAGUCCCUCUUGGAGAAGGUUGAUAUCCUCAUCUUGGGUGGAGGAAUGAUAUUUACCUUCUACAAGGCACAGGGGCACUCGGUGGGCUCAUCCCUUGUGGAGGAGGACAAACUUGAUCUUGCAAAUACACUUAUGGAGAAGGCCAAAGCUAAGGGAGUGUUCCUACUUCUACCCACUGAUGUGGUUAUUGCUGACAAGUUUGCUGCUGAUGCUAACAGCAAGGUGGUGCCAGCAUCCAGUAUUCCAGAUGGUUGGUUGGGUUUGGAUGUUGGACCUGAUUCCAUCCAGACAUUCUGUGAAGCUUUAGAUACUACCAAAACGGUUAUUUGGAAUGGACCAAUGGGUGUAUUUGAGUUCGAAAAGUUUGCAGUGGGAACUGAGGCAAUUGCCAAGAAGCUUGCAGAGCUCAGUGGCAAGGGCGUGACAACUAUCAUUGGAGGUGGUGACUCAGUUGCUGCUGUGGAGAAGGUUGGGCUUGCUGACAAGAUGAGCCACAUCUCGACUGGAGGUGGUGCCAGCUUGGAGCUUCUUGAGGGGAAACAACUUCCUGGAGUCCUUGCUCUCGAUGAUGCUUGAGCUGAGUUUUUCCCAUUUGCCUUUUUUGUUCGAGUUUUGUGAUGGUAUGGUUGGUUACACAGCCAGGGCGGACUAGAACGACAGUAGAGCACAUCUUAGGAUGUAGAUUGAGUAAAUAAAUGUUUUUAUCCGACUAUGGAUUGCUUUGGGUUGGAUGGUUCCAUCUUGGACAUUGUUAACAAUCCAAAUAUAUGGGUUUUUGUAACAUUGCAAUUUUCACCUCGUCACUCUGAAAUAUUUCAUCAUAAUCAAAUUUGAAUGGAUAAUGACAUUUUAACAGUUAAUAUAUUGGAUGCUA